CAGGUCGCGCUCGGAAACAGUUCUAUCUGGUAAUUACCCAUCAUCACCUUCCGGWUAUUAUGGUACAAUUCUAUGUAUUUUAAUUAAUUGACAUUGGGUUACAGUCUUGCCUCUGCAAGUGACCACAGCUCCAAAUAAUAUGUCAAACAAAAAUCGUAAAGACUCGACAUGAAGUGCCAUAUUAUAUAAUCAAACUACAACGAUGGACUCCAAAACAUGCUCCGAUGGAAAUCAAAAACCCGGGCCUCAAACUUCGUUAGAAUCUGCUGAACUUCUCUGUCACCAAACAAAGCCAAAUGAAUCAUGCAAAUCCUCUCGUUUCACUCGUGUCGAUGGACCAUGGUCUUGGAUCGUUGUUGUUUUUCUGCUUUUUUGUAUAUUGUUCCAGUAUGGCUGUACGUCGACUUAUGGGAUCCUUUUCCCAGACAUUUUACGUGGCUUAAAAUCGAGUCGCGCUCUAGCGGCAAUCCCUGGCUCUGCCGCCGUUUCUAACACGGGUAUACUAGGAAUAUUCAUUGGUAAACUAUGCGAUCAAUUUGGAAGCCGUAAGAUUCUAUUCACUGGUAGUAUACUCUCUUCAGUAGGAAUGGUAUCAUCGUCAUAUGCUCCGAAUAUCGGUGUGUUAAUUGGGACUUUUGGAUUUCUUCUCGGAACUGGAAGCUGUAUGGUGUAUUUCAGUGCAAUGAUGACGACCUGGGUGGUUGCAUAUGAGAAGCCUUGA